AUGGAUCCGGCCAGCCCACGCAACGAAGUGUCGCCGGACGCUGAUACCUUCGAGCAAGAUGAAACCGUUAAACCGAAGCCAAGGACUCUUCCUGACGAUCUCCCUACGUCCCUGGAUGACCGCCGUUCCGUCCCGACCUACGCUGCCGAAACCGAGAUGUAUGAUGGCUGGCAAGGCCAGUCCCAGUUCCUGACCAGCCCUGUGCCCGCGAGACCCUUGACCUUCAAUCUUGCACUCGAUGACCAAACACAUGACGAUGAUAUUCUCUUUCGAACGAGGUACGGUAGUCGGGCAGAAAAUGGGCACGCCGAAGAUAAUGAUGCGCGACUUAUGGAGAUGCUGGCAGCCCAGGCCGCGCACCGGAAUGCCGAGACGGUAGAGGCCAACGAGGAUGAUAUAGUAGCAGAUGAGAAGUUGCCAGAUGAACAGAAACGAGACAUCUUGCAAAGGAUGUUGAACAUGGCAGCGAGUAAUGGGGAUGUUGAUAAGGUGAAGAAGAUAUUAAGUGGCGAGGCGAGCAAAUACGUGAACGUGAAUCUGCCUGAUGAAGAAGGGACCGUACCGUUAAUCUAUGCUAGCUGUUUCGGUCACCAUGAAGUAGUUUCGACGCUGCUUGAGAAUGGCGCCCGUGUUGAUGAACAAGACCGCAAUCAAUGGAGCGCAUUGAUGUGGGCUAUGACCAACCGACAUAAGACUAUUGCAAAAAGCUUACUCGACUACGGCGCAUCUCCAGACAUCAGAUCUUCCUCGGGUGGGACGGCCUUCGAUUUUAUUCAACCUGGAACAGACAUAUCAAACUAUCUUCAAGAAAACGGCUACAACUUCGGAGCAUCUGCUAUUGAGAGUGACUUCUACGAUUCUGGAUUUGCCCACGGCCGGUUUGAGGAGGAAAUGGCGGAAAAUGAGAUGAAAAGAAGGAUGAUGAUGGAAGAGAGUGCGAUUAACCUAGAGGUGGAUCUAUCCAGCUUAGGCCUUGAUGAGAAACAUGAUUCUCCUGAUGAUUUUGAAGACCAGCAAGAAUUUAUUUGGGACCGCUGCCUCCACGACCAAAUGUUCGUUUUCCAGGAAAGCGAAUUAGAUCGGAUACUCAAUAUUGUGAUUACCACAAUGACACCACAACGAUCCCCUUCUCAGAAACCCAUUCCUGCGAAUGUAUUAUUCCUCUGUGCUCGAUAUGCCCAUUACCAUGCCAGCCCCGAGCUGCUUGCCAAGUUGCUAGUAUCGGCAACUGAGAGGAUAAAUAGUGUGGUAGAGAAGCACCAGUGGGAUAUGACGAUUUUGGCAUUUUGGAUAUCCAAUGCUACACUGUUGCUUCAUUAUUUAAAGAAAGAUGGCGAAUUGGUGUCCGCAACCGUUGAAUUCCAAUUGCAUCUUGCAGAGUUGAUUAAUGAUAUAUUUAUUUUGGUUAUCCGCGAUGCAGAACGCAGAAUGGAUAAGUUUUUUGAUAACGCAAUGUUAGAGCAUGAAACGAUACCCGGCUUUGAAGAUGUUCAUUUCCAAAACGAAUGGAAGAUAUUUCGGUCACGACAUAAGGUGAAGCCAGAACCCCUUGAGAAGAGGUAUCGGCCACCUUCGCCGAAGAGACGCGCAGAAGUCUCUCCGCGUAAUAUUACAUCGCUACUUUCCUCAACACUUUUUGUGCUCGACCUUUACGAUGUCCACUCCGUCAUUACAGCGCAAAUCCUCUCUCAAUUACUUUACUGGCUGGGAGCCGAGCUCUUCAACCGAAUCAUGACCACGAGACGCUAUCUCGCACGCACAAAAGCCAUGCAAAUACGGAUGAACGUAUCGGCACUAGAGGACUGGGCCCGCUCUAAUAACCGGCAGCCCGAACACUAUGAAAAUGGAUCGACCACUUCCACGGGCGAAGGCACAGUUGAAGCAGCUCGCAGACACCUUGAGCCUGUAAUUGAGCUUCUUCAGUGGCUCCAAUGCUUCUCUUCUCUGGGAGAUGACCUGGAGUCUUUGAUUGCCACAUUGCAGCAAUUGCCGCGGUUGACAGCUACCCAGAUGCUUCACGCAGUGAAGCUCUAUAGAUCAGAAGUGGGCGAAAAGGGGCUUCCGAAGAACGCUAUGCAAUAUCUAACUUUACUACAAGACGAUCCGUCUCUCCUAUAUCAAUCUUCUCUUCCAAGACCGGAAAACAGUUCAACGCCAACAACACAGUCGGCGACCGGAGAAACACCCCCCACCGCCACGAAAACAGAACCAACAAGACCUGAGACACCACCAGCGGCGUCUGAACCCCAACAACAAGCUCCUUUGCAAACAUCCCCACCGCCCCUCAAUACCACUUCGGAGCACACAUCUUUAUUAUUUGAUCCGUCAAUGACAUUACCAUUUUCGCUUCCAACCAGCACGGACAUGCUGGUUAGCUACGGGGCGGGUUUUGGAGGAACCAAUCGAGAUCGGGAGAGAAAGUACAUCCCCACGGUUCCGACGGAAUUUCUGGCACGGUUUGAUAGAAACUGA